GGGGGUUGAGCUAUGGAUCAACAUCUACCGUUCGGUACCGAACAGCCAGAACUAGAUGUAGUCAUUGUCGGGUCGGGACUGUCGGCCCUGACAUCGGCCGUGAAGUUACUGGCCAAGGAGACCACACUCCACAUCCGGAUCCUCGACGAGAACAGCAGACCCGGCGGGCAGCUGGCGCAAAAUGGUAUCCGCUUUGUCGAUGAGGAGCAACACGAUAUGCUGAACUUUAUGCACGACAUGCAGUUGAGCCUCCAACACAGACACAAUGAAAAUUCGCAACUGCGACGCUGCUGGGAUCUGGAUCGGGGUCCAACAGCACAGCUAGCGAAGUUCGAGCUGUGCCGAUACAUCCAAAUGCUGGACCUGCGGAUGGGCAGGUUCCGCGCAAAGCGGUUCAAACUGCGGAGGCGUAUGCCCAGUAUGGAGCGUCAUAUUACUCAAAACUUGUUCUUCAGUAAGUCGCGCAACUUCAUGAGGAAUUUGGUGGAGCUGAUCUGCGGCGUCCAUGCCAGAGAAGUGGACUACGAUGUCUUCAUGUCUGUGUGCAGCUCUUGCGGUGGUCUGGUCGUACUUAUGGACUUCUACUUUAACUUUCCGAACACCUUCUUGGAGCUCUCCACCCAGCAGCUUAUUGGGAGCAUUCUGGAUAAGAUCGAGUACAUAACGAUCAGCCAGAAUGUUCAGGUCGUCAAAGUGCAGCACUUCAAGGACUAUGUGGAGUUGACAGACGCCGAGGGGGAGAAGUACACCGCCCAGGCCGUCAUCCUGGCCAUUCCAUGGAACAAAGUGCAGCAGCUGGAGUUCGAGCCACCGAUACCAAAGGAUUUCUGUCCACCGCCUAAAGGGAAACUCAAUUCCAGUCGCCUGAUCACCCAGUUCUCAUUGAGCUACAAAAAAUGCCACUGGGCGGAGGCGGGCUUCUCGGGGAACUUUCUCAGCUCGAAGCCUCUGGUGUGUGGCCACGAAUGCCACCAGGCGACGUACUGCGGCUACAUGGUGCACUCUCCGGAGGAGGAGGGCAGUGUGCAGCAGACUGUCCUGGAUCUUCUCUCCUCCCAGUUCGGCGAUGGGAUGCGGCAGCCACUGCAGUACCAGCAGAGCACCGCCGAAUUGAGCAUGGUACGGCACAAGCCCCUGGUGACGCCCUGGCAUCGGGUCAUUUGGUCCAGCUCUUCGACGGUGGGCACCAACUAUCGCAACCUCAUGGGUGGUGCCGUCCAGAGUGGUGUUCGGGCUGCUGUCAAUGCCCUGUAUGUGGUGCGGCCGCAGGUCGUUAGCUGGAAGGAUCUGCUCGAAGUGCGGGAAACGAACCCCUACGAAAGGGGCAGCCCCCCCAGCCGCUUGAGCGGCCUGCUCAGCCGUCUCAACCUCUAUAAUGUCACCUUUUACAGCUUUUUUUUUCUGGGCCUCAUCUGGCUGCUAAAAAUAGGCUACUGUCACUCCAACCUCUCCUCCUAGAUGGGAAAUUAAAGUAUCUACAUGGCCUGUGAA